AUGGCGCCAUCUAUCUCCGAGACCCCUACUGCAGAGAUUGUCAUUCCCAUCAAAAAGAAUCAUGGAGAUCUCGAGACGAAGCCCAAAUUGCGAAGAGUUCUUGAAGAAGAAGGGGGAAAGACUACUGCCAGCUAUCCAGAAUAUCUCCCUACCUGGGACCAUGGCGAGAAAUACUCUGUGCUUCAACCUUUCACGCACGUCGAUCACGGCAAAGACGCCGAUCAUUCCUUCAAGGACCUCUUGCCCGAAGGGACUACAAAUCAAAAGCUCACACCAACCAUCGGUUCCGAAGUGACAGGCAUUCAGCUGAGUAAACUUGACUCGGCCGGCAAAGACCAGCUCGCUCUCCUAGUCGCCCAACGCAAGGUCGUUGCUUUCAGAGACCAAGACCUGGCCGACCUACCAAUCCAAGAGGCCUUGAAUUUCGGUGGAUAUUUCGGGCGACAUCAUAUCCACCCUACAAGUGGGUCUCCGGAGGGAUAUCCUGAGAUUCACCUCGUGCACCGGAACAACAACGCAUGGGAGUUUGACCAAUACCUUGCUGAGAAGAACAGUAGUGUCUCAUGGCACUCGGAUGUUACUUAUGAGCAGCAGCCGCCGGGAACCACAAUUUUGUACCUUCUUGAUGGUCCCGAGGUAGGUGGAGAUACCGUAUUUGUGGACCAAGUUGAGGCAUACAAGCGGCUUUCCCCGGCGAUCAAAGAGCGGUUGCACGGACUGAAGGCUGUUCAUUCAGGGGUUGAGCAGGCUGAAAAUAGCCGGGAGCGUGGUGGUGUUGUGAGAAGAGAGCCUGUGACAAACGAGCAUCCUCUUGUGCGGACCCAUCCAGUGACUGGAGAAAAGGCACUAUUUGUCAAUGCUGGUUUCACUCGGAGCAUUGUGGGACUCAAGAAAGAAGAGAGUGACGCCCUUCUAGGAUUCUUGUUGGCUCAUGUUAGCCGCGGCAUUGACUACCAGGCUCGAAUUCGAUGGGCCCCUAAGACCGUUGUGAUCUGGGAUAAUCGUGUUACCGCCCACUCUGCAAUAAUUGACUGGACAACUGGGGAGCGCCGUCAUUUGGCACGAAUUACCCCGCAGGCUGAGCGCCCGUAUGAGACGCCCUAUGUGCCGGAGGAUGACAAGCCGUAG